UGGCGUGCCAGUGUACUCCGGGAUGUGCACUGAUCCGCCUUUAAGGCAUGCAUGCCCGUCCAUGGGCCACUGCUUUCCUUCCUUUCGAACCAUCGCUUUGCUUUUGUGUGCUCACGGCUUGCUCAAAAUGCGCUCCUUACGACAAUUCCUUUGUAUCGCGUCACUAUCGUCUCACGCUCUCGCUACAUGCUUCUUCCCCAAUGGGAACGAAUCGCCCGCUGACACUCCUUGUAACCCAGACGCAGAAGUCAGCCAUUGCUGCUACAAGAACCAAGCUUGUCUAAGUAACGGUCUCUGUGUGAGCGACCCACACAGCCCCAUCAAAGCGCGACUCCAUCGAGGAACCUGCUCCGACAAGACCUGGAAUUCCCCCGACUGCCCGAACCACUGCACCAGCAUCGCCGACAACGGCGUCCCCGUCUACGCCUGCAACCAAACCAACGUGGACUCGUACUGCUGCUUUGACGGCUGCGAGUGCAAUGCGUCCUUUGAGACCUUCCGCUUCCCCACGGACGACGUGUACACCCUCACCAUCGUCAGCGAGGCGUACACAAACACGCACAUCUCGACUGCGAGCUCCGCAUCAAAAGCCUCACAGACAGAGUCAACGUCGAAGAGCAAGACCGCAUCCGCAGCGUCGGCGCCUGCCAGCACAACACCCACCGAGUCACCGUCAACGCACAACAACACCCAGACCGAAGGCAAGGAUGAAAAGCUAUCGUCCAAUUCCACCGCUAUUGGCGCUGGCGUAGGGGUCGGAGUUGGCGUCGCCAUCCUCAUCGCUGGCCUGGUAGCCUUCCUCUUCUGGCGCCGUAGCAAGAAGCGCCAGCAAGGCGAGACCAAUCCAUACACAGACAACGGCUUUCCACUUGAUCGCAAGGCCGUCGAGGUGGACAACACGACGGACAUGUACCAUACACCGGGCGCAACAUCGCACAACCAAGGCGGGGCGACUAUCUAUGCGCAUUACGCUGAGGCGGAGCCAAAUGCGAAUCCCUUCGUCUCUCCGCACGAGUUGCCAGUUGACACUGCGCCUGCCGAGCUUCCUGCGAUGGCGAGUCCCAAGCAGGUUCCUGAUUUCAAGCAGCGCCUUUGAUCUUGGGAGGAAAGCAAGAAUCGCACAAAUUGUGCAGGGUCAAGGAUAUUGAAGGAUGCGGGCCGGGGGUAUACGAGGCAGGAAGAUUGUGUGUCUUCCUCAUUCCGGCAUUACCCAGUCGCGCAAAGUACUUCCCACGAGCUGUCUACAAUACUGCGCAUGGACAAUCCUCUAUUGUGUCACUAUGUGGCAGUUUGCAGGGUCGGGGAUGUGCUGAGAGGUGAAUACAUACCUAUUUGUAAUGCUACGAAUGAUAAUGAGCUU